CUGUCUGAGAGAUCUCUUAUCCAAUCAGAAUGGUUUUAUGAUUAACGCUGACCAAUAGGUCUAAAUCUUGUUUUGCCCCAGGCCUCGGUCUGUCUAUCGUGGCCCAGGCUGGUGAGGGUAAGCUCUCUGUGGCCGGGAUGUGGCAAGAGGCGCUUCGUGCUGCACCUGCGGGUCUCAUUAGCUGGCUCCGUUCCCGGCUACCGCCUCUGUGUCGCUAUGGAAGUUCUCAGCAGCAGUCCGGAGAGCGCUGUGCAAGGGCCCUCAUUCGGGGGUUUAGGUACAGAAACAGACCUGGGAGGACUGGAAGGCUGCUGGCUGCAUUGACUGGGGCUUUCCUGUGGGAAGAGGAGCGGGUCCGUGAAGACGAAAUCCUCAGCACAGCUGAGGAGAUGAAGCGUAUGCAGUUUGUGUCCAAAAAGUUUAAGGAGCAGACUUCAGUGCGUGAUGAAAAUGAGGGGUGGGAACUAGUCAUGGACAAAAAGAACUUCAAACUUUGGAGACGUCCAAUUGAGGGAACCCAUCGGUACCAGUACAGAGUAUUUGGCUCAUAUUCUGAUGUCACUCCACGUCAGUUCUUUAAUGUUCAGCUAGACACAGAGUAUCGCAAAAAAUGGGAUGCACUGGUAAUUAAACUGGAAGUGAUUGAGAGAGAUACUGUAUCUGGCUCAGAGGUCGUUCACUGGGUGACACAUUUUCCUUAUCCCAUGUAUUCCAGAGAUUAUGUCUAUGUGCGAAAGUUUCACGUGGAUCAAGAAAAUAACCUCAUGGUUUUGGUUUCUCGAGCAGUUGAGCAUCCGGGAGUUCCGGAAUCUGCAGAAUAUGUAAGGGUUCGCAAUUAUCAGUCUCAGAUGGUUAUUCGACCGCACACAUCAUUCGAUGAGAAUGGCUUUGAUUACUUGCUGACCUACAGUGAUAACCCACAGACUGUGUUCCCUCGUUACUGUGUAAAUUGGAUGGUGUCUAGUGGGAUGCCAGAUUUUCUGGACAGGCUACACCUGGCAACAGUGCAGGCCAAGAACAUGGAAAUCAAAGUGAAAGAUUACAUCUCCUCUCGUCCACAGGACUGUUCUGCUGAGGUCAGAGGCAGUCCUGAAAGGAAGACCACAGCUGCUCACUCUGCAACACCAAUGGAGUAUGCAUAGUAUUGUGCAAGCAUCCUUUUAUUUCCUCCGCAAAUGAUAUAAGGGAGCCAGUUCAGUACAGGGACAGACUGAGCGGCAUUGUCACACCAAGCCCCAGCAACACUGAUCACUGCCAACUUAAAACCAAAACUGGAAUCAGAAGAUCCCACUGCAGGAUUAUAUUCUCCUCUACUUGCUGCAUCAUGCCAAGAGGCUGUAUGAAGUCUGUUGGCUUUUAUAGGGCAAAUGAGUUGCGUGACUUUGUGGGCAUUUGACAGACGGACAAAUUUAAGAGGACUUUUUAUGGCUGUCUGGAUAGUUGCAUGUAUAAAAUUUGUCAUUAAUAGACUGAAUUGCAAUCCUUUUUUUUUUUUUUUUUUUGUGUUCCUCCAAUCAGAGCGGCUUGUAACAGAUUAAUUCUUCCAAAAAAGGUUUUAGUGGACCAAAACAGUUCACAUAUUUGAUCCUUCUCAGUCUGCUGUGCUCAAUAUGCAGAGGAAUGCUUCACAGUUCUUGCUGAUGCUUGUUUUUUAGGUUUGAAGUGGAUCUUGCCUGUUUUUCCAGCAAAUUAAAUGACAGAGCCUAAAGGUCAAACCUCACUUUUUACUGAGACCAGAGCGAUCUCCAUGUAACUUUGUCCAAAUAAUGGAUUUAUUUUCAGUGCUUAAUUUCAUGCUCUUAAAAGUUAAUAAAAUGAUUUCCAUCUUCUGAAAAUAAAAUAAAGAUUUGCCCGCACAAUACAGUGAAACCGAAAUCUUGUUUACAAAACUAAGUGCAGUAACAAAACAAAAACAAAAAAAGGAUCUACAAUGCACAGAUGUGACUAAUUGAUCAAUAUUUACAGCUUCUGGAUUAUGUUAAAAAAAAUAUAUAUAAAUGAAUGUACCAUUAAGAAAAAAUGCUGAAUGCUUUAUCAAACCUGACUACAUGCUACGUUUGUUCAUUUAGGCACUCCCAAAUAAAGGGACGUUACAUUUGUUUUAUUCUAUGCUUCAAGCAAAAGAGGGCAUUUCAAAAUUAUAUUUUUAGUUUUUUGAAACAUAAACCUUUAUGCUGGGUUUUUUUUUUUUUUAAAGUGUCUCUAUCCACCAAUAUAGGCCUAGUUUCCAUAGAGGUGGAAACUGGGGAUAAAAACAUUUAUCUCCAUUAAAAUUUAUGGAGAAUUUUUAUGUUUCCAACUUUACCUCCUCGGCACGGUCUCUAGGGAUGGACUGUGCACAGAAAUUUUUCAAUAGUUGUUUAGCUUUAACUUUUUUUUUUUUUUUUUAAAUAGGGUAAUGCCAUUUUAAGAUCAAGUAGGGAUAAUCUUCACUCCAAAGCUUAUUAGUGUCUGAGGACAGGGUAUAGCAACUGUUAGUUGCAUGUUUAAACUUGUACCUUAAAAUCUAUGCAUCGGUAAGUGCUAAAAGUGGAUUUUUUUUUCUUUUAAGGGAAUAACUUUUAUUAACACUAAGGGCUGUUCUAUCCUAUGCCACGUUUGCUUACAUUAAAUCUAAUUUUCAAGUGGCAAGAUUUUGUAUGGCAGUACACAAUUUUACUUUUAUAAUGAAUUAUUAGCUAAUGUAUUUACAUUUUUGCCAAUUUUUUUUUAUUUUAUUUUUUUUAUAAACGUAGCAAUCAUUUGUGAUUAGUAGGGAUUUUAAUCAUUUGUUAGAAUUCUGUAAAGCGGUGACUGAAAGUCCCAAAAUAGAGACAUUGUACGAGGGAUAAUUUAAACACUCCACUCUAAAAAAAAAAAAUAUUACCACAUUACUAAGCUAAACAUAUAUUCAAAUUCCUGCAAUAUAUGAUAGUAAAAUGCAGUACGUGAUGUAAUUAUUCAGAAGUUUCCCUACAUUUCUGUGAAAUCACUGCACUUAAGUCUUUUUUUGUGUGUGUGUGUACUAAUGUUAAAUAUGCAUUUAAGAUACUGCUAAAUCCAUUACCUCUUUCACAGCGUGUAAUAACUUUAAUGGAGCUACCUACAUCAAAAGUGUAGUUUGAUAUAAGCAUUUAAAUGUUCUUUGAAGUAAUCUUUUUAUGCAAUGAAAGGCUUGAAAGAUUCUGGAGUUAAAUUUAUUUUGAAGGAAUCCUUUUUUUCUUAUGCUGUUUUCUUAAUUUAUUUUUGUACAAUUUUUACACUGUGUUAAAGGGGGACAUAAUGUUAAAAAAUGAAAUGCACAUUAAUUUAUUUUAAUUUUUGAAUAGAUGCAUAUUUGCAAUGGUACAGUAUUCACAAAAAACUUUUUUUUAGUAAAAACGGUCCUGACAAUGGCAUCACACCUGCUCAGUUAUCGUCUUGUAUGAUGCAAAUAGUCGUUGCCAUCGCUUACACGCCUCAGCUUGCCAUCUCAGUUGACGUAUGUCGCUGAAAAAGUAACAACUAUAUUGCAAAAAUACUUUGAAUGUACAUUUCAAUUUUAAAUUCUAUGUCCCUUUUACACUUUGGGAGGUUUAGUUUUCAGCCUACACUUUCUCUAUCCCUUUCUACGACCUUUAACUGAUCUCUUUUAUGUACGAAGCAUUUGCACUGCUCCCGUCUUUAGAGUUAACACCGGUUUCGGUGAUCUAACAUUUGGGCUAUGGACAAAGAUUGUGUUUUUUGUUUGUUUUUGGUUACAUUUAGUAAGUGUGAAUAAAUAAAUGUACACAUUUACAAAUGA